AUGGAUGAAAAUGACUGUGGAAACUUGUUUGAUCAAAUUGACGACUUGAUUGAGUUCCCCCCAGACAAUGAGUAUGGUGAUGGCAACCUUGUUGACUUGGGCGAUUGCAAGGAUUUUGCUAGCAUUUGGAAUGAUCCCUUGCCGGAUUCAGACACCCUUUUCUUCAAUAGCAAAAACAACGCCGUUACUGAUCUAUCCGCUGAACUCUGUGUUCCGUAUGAGGAUAUCGUACAGCUGGAAUGGCUUUCUACAUUUGUGGAGGAUUCGUUCUCUGGUGCGGACUUGACUCUAGGAAAGGAGAACCUUUGUGUUGACAAGAAGCCAUUGCACCAACAAUUCCUGACUUCCAGCCCGGUUUCGGUACUAGAGAACAGCAGCAGCAGCAGCAGCAGCAGUUCCUGCUCAGUUGGGAAGACUAUGCCCCUCGACCUGAGGCACCGUGGUCCACAUCGUGCCCGGAGCAAACGUCCACGCCCUGCAACUUUCAAUCCCCGAGCAGGAAUUCAACUCAUUUCCCCUUCAUCCUCCAUUGAGACCCCACAGCCGUUUGUCACUCCAGUCGUUUCCUCAGAAUCUGAAUAUUUUGCAGAAUCGCAGCCUACGGAAAAGAUUAUGAAACCGGUUGGAGCAGAACAAAAGAAGAAAAAGAAAAUCAAAUCAUUUGUGCCUGUUGGUCCUACGGAAAUGAAUCAGAACCCUCCAGCACAAGCAGUUAGAAAAUGCAUGCAUUGCGAGAUUACCAAGACUCCACAGUGGAGGGCUGGCCCAAUGGGUCCAAAAUCCCUGUGCAAUGCUUGUGGCGUUCGCUACAAGUCAGGCCGCCUUUUCCCCGAAUACCGUCCAGCUGCAAGUCCUACAUUUGUUCCGUCAUUGCACUCAAAUUCACACAAGAAAGUUAUCGAGAUGAGAACCAAUGGUGGGGCUGGAAUCACAGCAACCACCAUCAAGUCAGAAUCUGUUUCAAACACCUCCCUGUCAUAUGAGUGA